GUUUUGCUAGGCUUUUCUCAGAGAGAUCGACAGACGAACGGCUGGAAUGUUUUCAAACCCAGCGAUGAACGUCACACAGCCGUAGGCUACGGUUAACGUCCAUAGUUUUUAGGAAAUAACGUUUAAUAUAGCGCAAGAGUUUUCUUUAGAGGAAGGCGAAUGAGUCGGCGGAAACGUGUACCCUGAUUUUAAGGUGCAUGAUGAGCCGACUGUGCUGUAGCCGUCUAAGCUAGUCAGGUGUCGCACCAUGGCCAAACCUGGGAGCGACCGAGAUGGAGCCAUGGUGGAUAAGCAGGCGGGGAAGAAGAGCAAAGACAAGUUGUCUCCGUUCACCAAAACUCCCAAAUUGGACCGGAGUGAAUUACUGGGGAAGGAAGGAAAAGCCAAAUCUUCCAUGAAGCGCAAGCUCUCCUUCACUGCAAGUCCGCCCCGGACAGAGGAGCGGGACUCAGACACUGAUGACUCAGACCCAGGCCAUUCGAGUGAGACCUGGGGAGAGAGAUUAGUGGCUCCCUGCAGGAUAUACGCAGAGAAAGAUGGACCAGAUAAGAAGAAGGUGAAGAAGGAGGCUGGGAACAAGAGGUCCCAGGCAUCCAACCUGUUGUUUGGCUAUCCUCUGUCAGAACGCAAACAGAUGGCGCUGCUGAUGCAGAUGACGGCCAACAGUCCAGACUCCACGCCCAGUCACCCCUCUCAAACCACCCCUGUGCAGAAGAAAGUUCCCAGCAGCGCCUCGUCUCGACAGAAGGACAAAGUCAACAAGAGGAACGAGCGCGGGGAGACUCCCCUUCACAUGGCGGCCAUCCGAGGAGACGCCAAGCAAGUGAAGGAGCUCAUUAGCCUGGGAGCGGAUGUCAACGUCAAAGACUUUGCAGGUUGGACGCCUCUUCAUGAAGCCUGUAAUCUGGGCUACUACGACGUUGCCAAGGUUUUAAUAGCAGCAGGUGCAGAGGUGAACACGCAGGGCCUGGAUGACGACACGCCGCUCCACGACGCUUCCAGCAGCGGACACACAGAUAUCGUGAAGCUUCUGCUCCGUCACGGCGGCAACGCCUUCCAGGCGAACAAGCGCGGCGAGCGGCCGGUGGAUGUCGCCGACUCUCCGGAGCUGGAGCAGCUGUUAAAGGGAGAGGCCUCAGUGUCCGACCAGGAUGACAGCUCGUCAGAAUCGGAAGACCUUCCGUCUGUCAAUCCGUCCAGCGUGGAUGACAACAUGGAGGACACCGACACAGAGAAGGACUCGGACGGCAAACCGGCAACAAAGGCGUCGUCGUCCAUGCCGGGACUGGACGAGUACGAGUUCAAGGACGAGGACGAGGAGGAGGACCUGAGCAAAGCCCUGAACGACAGACACAUCCUGAGGAGGGAGCUGCGGCAGCGGGAGAAGGAGGACAAAGACAGGAACCAUGUGGCGGGGAAGCACAGCAGCAAAGCGGAGUCUUCCUCAAAGUCUAAAAAGCAAAAGACGCGCGUCCACUGCAGCUCUGACACCUCCAGCGAUGAAAUGGAAAGCCUGCCUGAAAAGAGGAACUCUCCCACCUGUUCGCACAGCUCCGAGGGCCACAAGCCGGAUACGAGAUCCAAAAAGGACCACGCAGAGCAGAAAGACAAGAGCAAAGUCAAGAGGAAGAGCAAAAGCCAGAUCAAAAACAAGGAGAACCAGGAGGAUGGCAAAGAAAACAGUAAAACUUUAGCCCUGUGUCUUUCAACUGUGUGUGAGAGCAGCGAGAAAGGUCGAGAAGAGGACUCCUUCAAGAUGUCGUUCAGCCCAAAGGAUGACUCCUCCGUCCACCUUUUCCACCUGUCGUCCAUCAAAUCUCCCAAUCUGAACCACAGCCUGGUGGAUAAACAAACCCCACUCAAACAGGAGAACACUAAGACCAGCGUUUCCCUCAGCGACGGCCCCUGUCCGGUGGACGCCGUCAAGUACAACCACUACGCAGACGCAGAGUACUGCACCGAAGGCUCCAGCACCAAGGGCUGCAAGCACAAGGAGAAGAGCAAGCACCAGCAGAGAGACUGCAGCGGGGACGGAGACGACGCCAGCCCCUGCAAAGACAACAGCGUGGACGCCAGCGAGGGCGCCCUACGGAAGACGGACGUGGACGGCAAAGUGGUGAAAAAGCAUAAACUGAAACACAAGGAGAAGGACAGACACCGGAGGGAGUAUGAGGCCGAGCGCAGCCGCCACCGGCAGAAGGAGGCCAGGAAAGACGGCCACAGGAAUUUGGAGUUCGACAGAGAGUUCUGGAAGGAAAACUUUUUCAAAAGUGAUGAGACGGAUGAACCUCCGGGAGCGAAAAGGGAAGCAGAAGACAACGGCGCGCUCCACAAGGCGCUGGAAUCCUCUCCUGUCAAAGAGGAGAAAAUCGUGAAGGAGAAGCAUUCCAACAGCAAGGAGAAGAGGAUAAAAGAGGAGCGAGAGAAAGACAAGACCGUGAAGAAAGAGCGGAAAGAGGAGAAGGCGAAGGAUUCCAAACCCAGCGAGCACGACGAACGACCCGAGAUCCCCGGCUCAGGCCGGGAAGACUCGCUGCAGGGCGGCGUGAAAGAGGAGCCGGAGGAGAAGCCCGUCAGCGGAGUCGCGCCUGAUCAAGAGCAGCUGGAGCCUUCAGAGAGAGCCGCACGCGAGAGAGCAGACAGGAAACUCCCGGGAAAGGAGAAGGAUUCCGAGAAAAUGGAGAGGAGGCAUCCUGACAAAGAAAAAAAGGUUAAAACGGAACAUUCUGACAGAACUGAAAACCAGAACUCUGUGGAGCGUUGGAAGGAAAAGGAAAGAACGGGAGGCAUUGCUUCCCUCUCGCCUGCAGACAAAAGCUACAGAGAAAAUGAAAAACCCAAAUCCUUCUCCACAACAAAAAAGCACGAAGAUGGCAGGAAAAGUAAAGACAAGGCGGACAAACGCUCCGACCGGGAGCGGCUGGACAGAGACUACAGUGCAGGAGAGCACAAGGAGAAAGAUCGUGCCAACAACGAAAAGAGAGGGAAACCUCUGGAGAAAACCUCUGAUCAAAGCAAAUCCGAUCGAUCCAAAGAAAAGGACUGUGACAGGAAGAGGAGAGAGAAGCCCAAAGAUGCAGCUCUGUCCUCAAGCUCCAACCUAAAGACAGUCCUAGAUGAGAAGAGAGGCUUUCUGUCCGAGGGCACCAAGGUCUUGUUGGGUAAAUCCAAGGAGGAGGUUGUGAGAACGCCAGAGAAGGAUCGUGACAGACGAGACCGGGACAGAGACCCGGACCGCCAUAAGGACAAAGAUCGGCACAAGGACCGCCUCCAGCAGGCAAAGGUUAGCAAGCUCAAACCCGGCGAGGUGGAGGCCGAUAAAAGCAAACCCAAAACCUCUCCAGCGGCGCGAGACGCCAAGCCAAAGGAGAAGCGGCUGGUCAACGACGACCUGAUGCAGACCAGCUUUGAGCGCAUGCUCAGCAUGAAGGAUCAAGAAAUCGAGCUGUGGCACCGGAAGCAUCUGGAGAAAAUCAAACAGAAGGAGCGGGAACGGCUCAAGCAGCGGCCUCUGGCAGACGCCGGGCGAUCCAAACCCAAAGAGCGAGCAAAGCCAGAACCGUCCCUGAGCAAAGAGCUGAUGCGCUCUAAAAGCUCGGAAGCUUCCGAUGCUUCCUGCAGAGACAAGCCUCUGAAAGACAUCACCGGCGCCAGAACUGUUUCUCUGGAUGGACGCUGCCUCGCCCCAAUCAACGCCAAGGUCAUGACGGCCGUGGAGAACUGUCUGAGCAGGUCGCCGCGGCCAGAGAGCGAACGUGCCGGCCUCAUGUCCAGAUCCGUGUCUUUGGUGUCCGUGGCCAGCUCUGAGGAUUCCUGCCAGGCCGCCACCUUAACGCCCAGAAACGCCGAGUACGACUCCGACAUGAUCCUGGAAACCUCCGACUCCCAGCCGGCCUUCCUCCAGUCUUCCCUCGUCAUUCAAGCCGCCAGGUCGCCUUCUGUCCAAGACAGAGAUUGCAACAGUCUUCCAGAAGCUCUGCAGAGUAACCGCACUCUGCCGCCGGGCAAACACGAAUCUCCCUUCCUCAGGGCCGUUCUGGAUGAGGAUGCCGACGCGGCGGCUGAAGGCAAAGGGGUGGACCAUCCUUCCAAAUGCCUUACUCCAAUCACCGAGGAGGAGCUGAGAACAAAGGACAGCCCGGAGCCAGACGAGAGCCUGCAGCACUCCGACUCAGUCGCUGACCUCCUCACAGAGAAGGAAGGGAGCACGGAGAGGAGUUUACCCGCUCCGCACUCAGACGCAGAGCUUCCAGGUAAAGGCCAGACUCUUCCGCUGUCCAGCGAGCCUCAUCCAGGUGCGGCGGAGCAGACGCCUCCGCCCGAACCCGCUGUUGUGAGGGACAUGCCGUGUCUGACAGAGAACUCUCAAGGAGAAGGUCCCGGAGAGUCCGAUCAGCCGUCCUCGUCCAGCGCUUCUCCAGCUGCGGAGCCCUCAGCACUCACCAAAGCCUUCCAGCAGAAAGAACCACCAACACCUGCGGGUGGCGAGAGCCGAGCGCCGGCCGAUUUGGAGAGCACACAGAUCCCCGAUCACAGAGACGAGCCGGAGGAGAACCCUGACCUCCCAGAGCCAGAGGAGAAGGCGGAGAGCGUCCCACCAGAGCAAACGGAAGGAGCAGGAAGUUCCAUGGUGUCAUCGGCUGCAGACGAGGCCUCAGCUGGUCUUUCCUCGUGUUCUCAAGAGGACUCGCUUGUAAAUAAUCAAGACUGUAAGAAAUCUAGAACUUCCUGUGAGGGCGCAGAGCCGUGUCCCGAGACGGAGGAGGAGGUGGCUCCCGAAAGUUUGGAUGUCACGGCUGAAGAAGUGACCCCCACCCCCCAGAGUUCAGAGAGCAGCUCUACCCCCCUCCCCGCAGAGACACCGCCAGCUGACGGCAGCACGAGCGGCGAAGGCCCGUCCGAGUCCACAGCCGAGCUCCUCCCCGAGCCGAUGGAGGUGGCGCCCGCCGACGAGAAAGCCGAGUCGGCCGCGGAGGAGCAGAGUCCGAGCACCGCCCAGCCAGCGGCUCAGAGCGACAGCAGCGCCUCGGGGGGCUCCUCGCCGCGGUCUGUGGACCACGAGACCGAUUCCUCGGGAGCCAAGGUCAAAGUUCGCCCGGCCGAAGAAGACGCGGACCUCCACGUGCCUCAUCCACGCAAGAGGAAGAUGCCCAAGCUGUCGCCUCCCCAGGUGUGGUCCACCUCCCAGCAGGAGAAGGAGAAGGGGCAGCAGUCUCUGGCGGCCAUCGUGGACUCUGUGAAGCUGGAGGAGAUCGAGCCGUACCAGACGGAGAGGGCCAACCCGUAUUACGAGUUCCUGCACAUUCGCAAGAAGAUCGAGGAGAAGCGCAAAGUGCUGUGCAGCGUCACUCCGCAGCCGCCGCAGUAUUACGACGAGUACGUCACUUUCAACGGAUCCUACCUCCUGGAUGGGAACCCGCUCAGCAAGCUGUGCAUACCCAUGAUAACGCCGCCGCCAUCGUUACCCGAGCCGCUGAAAGAGCUCUUCAAGCAGCAGGAGGUGGUCCGCAUGAAGCUCCGCCUGCAGCACAGCAUCGAGCGGGAAAAACUGAUCGUUUCCAACGAGCAGGAAGUCCUGCGCGUCCAUUUCCGGGCAGCCAGAACACUAGCCAAUCAGACGCUGCCUUUCAGUGCCUGCACCGUCCUGCUGGACGCAGAAGUCUACAACAUGCCGCAAGACGUCCAGAACGAAGACGGGAAAACGUCGGUCAGAGACAGAUUCAACGCCCGGCAGUUCAUGUCCUGGUUACAAGACGUGGAUGACAAGUUUGACAAACUGAAGACGUGUCUCCUCAUGAGGCAGCAGCACGAGGCGGCGGCUCUGAACGCCGUGCAGCGUUUGGAGUGGCAGCUGAAACUGCAGGAGCUGGACCCGGCCACCUACAAGUCCACCAGCAUCUUCGAGAUCCCAGAGUUCUACAUUCCACUGGUGGAGGUCAACGAUGACUUUGACCUCACCCCGAUAUGAGCAGGAAGACGCCGCGACUCCCUGACCCGAGCUGCAGCCUGCGCCUCGCGUUAACCAGGAAGAAGGAAAGUGAAGCACUUAAGGUGUGGCGCCAACGCAAAGCAGCACUUAGACACAUCUGUACCGCAGAACUCUUCCGGUCCAACGAACCAUGACGGAGGACAAGAGAAGGUGUGGCGCCACGCCGCUCCCGGAGCGGACGCCAAAAGCCGUCCCGGGUGGAGCACCCGCCGCCGCCGCCGCUGCGGUUCAUCAAGCAGGGUCACACAGCUGAAAGAUUUCAAAUGUUUUCAAAGUGUUCAUACGUUGUGUACAGACUCUGCUUUAAUUUUUUGUAACUUAUUUUAUACAUAAAACUGUGCAUUUGUAAAUAACCAUGUAAUUAUUGUUUUAAACUUGUAAAAAAAACCUAAAGUAAUAGAUAUUUUGAUUGUAAACUCGUUCUGUCUGAUGUUUUAAUGGACCAAAGUUGUUUUUUCUAUCAAGUGUCCUCUUCGUUGGUGAUGUUCUCGCUGUUGUUGGCAUGUGUUGUUCUUUUCUUUCAACCGUUCCUUCCUCAUCUGGAGCUCCACGCCACAGCUGGUAAACGUUUUUGACUCUGGCAAUUAAAUGCUGUGCAUGCAUUGCAAUGUCUGUACUUUUUCCCUAAACAAGCUGUACUGUGGUUACUUAUUUGUGAAGUUUACUAAAGUGUUCCAGCUUUUCUCUUUGAGUUCCUCCUUUUGUUUUCCUUUCAGACAUGGUGUUCUGUCUCUUCUGCGGCCUCCUGUGUUGUCCAUCGUGUCUUGCACACAUUCAAGUCUGUUGUGGCUUCUGAGGAAAAAAAAGACAAAUACUUUUACAGUUUAAAUGUGAAAUCACAACAAAUCCUAUUUUUUCAACAUAAUGCCUUUUGAACGAUAGUUCUAAAAAAUGUCUAUUUUAAUAUUUACUUGUUACAUUACUUGUAUAUAUUUGUAAUAUAUAAUUGAAUAAAUUUUAUUUGUUGUGAAAUUCA